AUGACUGACAGAAUUAAAGAGCGUCUCCAAACACUGCGUCAAGAAGCGGAUGCUGCGAACGAACGUGCUGAUGCCGCAGAGGCCAAGAUCAAGAAGUACGAGCAGCUGCUACUUGAGAAGGACCAAGAGAUCACGUCGCUGCAACACAAGCUAGGUGUGCUCGAUGGUCAGCUUGAGGCUACUGAAGCCAAACUCGCCGAGGCUAAGUCGGCGAAGGAGGAGGGCGAGCUAAGCAAAACUACCAAUGAAGGAUUGCAGAGAAAGAUCCAACUCCUCGAGGAUGAGCUUGAUGCUGCAGAACGGAAUGCCAAGGAAACGAUGGAAAAGCUGCGACAAGUAGAUAUCAAAGCAGAUCACUUCGAGCGCCAGACUCAGAACCUGCAACGGGAGAUAUUAGAAUGGGAGCAGAAAUACGAGGCCUCGCAAGAGAAGUUCAAGAAGGCACAAGCCGAACUCGACGAACUCGCUCACUCGUUGGACAAUCUCUAA